ACGGUUGAAACCUAAAUGUCUUGGUGGAAGUUUUCUCAAUAAACACACGUACACAAAAUGGAUUUCCUUUGUAUCGAUAUAUUUUAAGUGGUUAACUCGUCUUUGCAAAAGUUUAAAACUUCGUUGUCUUCAGAUAUUGGUUUAUGGAGGAACUAGGUAUUACUAUUUUCUUUCACAUUCCAGAGUGUACGAAAUAAAUCACAAUGGGCAUACACGAGCUUUUGUUUGGAAUAAUAAUCGUUUCUGCAAUUAUACAACCUAUCACCGGGGAGUGUGAUGCAAGAACUGGACCAUCCGGGAUCGUGGAUUGUUUUUCGUCUAUCCAUUACGGUGGAAAGUACCAAUGGGGAACCUGUUUAACGAAGGCGUAUGCAGAACAACGCUCCAAGGGAAAAUAUACCUGUCGUGAUCCAUCAGCAACCUUCUGUUACUACCAGUGUAUGGUUGAACAACACGACUUAGAUGAAGGCCCAGUAUACGAUGACUGUUUAUGCCGACCGGAUGACACACCUCAGAGUACAGAAGCCCCCCUACCUGCUUGGUGCCACAGUCCUGAUGGAACAGAGUGUAGUUGGUACAGGACAUGCUUGGAGAAGAGAUUCCCGUGUACCAGGUCCGGGACAUCUUACGCACUGGACUAUGGUGAAAAGUUCUGCAAUUUGUACACCGAAAACUACAACGGUUUCGAUGAAAUAGGACAGAGGUGGAUCGAUGCGGUGCGUAAAUGUCUCCAAGUUGCUCUUGUAAUAUUGCUGCGUCCGUACAAUCACCCUAGCUGUGAUGAAAUAAAAGAAGCUGCAUUUAGAAGCCAUUCAGGGUGUUACGUGAGCCCGUAUCCGGGUGCACCCUCGUUUUGUGACAUUGGGUGGUCCAACUAUUGGAAAAUAAUCUGGACAAUAAAGUCAGCUUUCGCAAGCAAUUUUUGGGAUACAGUAGGGCAAGGAUUGAAAACGGGUUUCGACUGCAUAAGCAACAACAUUACAGAGAAGAUACACAUGUUUAAAAUUUCUGUUGAGCGAAAAGCGGUUAAUACUGUUGAAAACCUCGAGCGAUCGCUUAUGGAGUAUAUUCCCGACGAUGUUUCAAUGUAUAUUUUCGAUGAUUCUACUCGCCGCAAGAGAAGCACAGACACGUCCAAUUCUACAAUUAUCAGUGUGUUAUUAUUUGAUCGGAAGAAAUACGACCUCAAUUAUAAAAGCGUUUCUAAUACCAGCAUUGACGGCGUUAUAACGAAAGUCAUGGACAACAUUGAAACGGGAAAAUACCAACUAAAUAUUGGAGUUCCAAUAGAGGAAAUUAGCUUCUGCCCAGAUAUUGAAUGUCAAAACCCUACGAGAGCCGUGGUACCGGGUCAGGAAAAGGAAAGUACUGGAAUGGCUAUCGGGGCAACCAUAGGUAUAACUGUUGGUGUUAUAGUUGGUGUUAUAGUUGGUGUUGCUCUUCUCGGUGCAUUUGGCUUUUUCUUCAUCAGAAAAAAGUAACGAUUUUGUCGAAUAUUUGAAACGUGUGUAUAUAAUAGAAAUCAUUUAACAUUUCUUUCUGACAAUUUUUUUUUCCAAAAUUAGAAAAGUUCAAAACUUCAUAAAAUGGUGUGUUCCCUACAGAACCGACCACGUUCUCGAAGUCUACAUGUGGUUUGAAGAAAUUAAUUAUGUUUAUUUCUUACCAUUGUUAUGUCGUGUUGUAUGUUCAGAACGCGAUAUUCUCGUCACUGUUAAUGCAUACUGAUAACACACAGUAAGCCUGUCAGAAGGUGAAGCCGCAAAUAUGUGGUAAUUUUCUACAUUUUUAUUUUUUUAUAAAUCAACUUAUUAGAAAAAGUACCAAUUUGAAGAAAGAAGUAAAACCGUUACACAUUUAUUUAUCAUGACUGCGUUUUCCAAAGUUUAAAAAAGAUUAUAACUUCAUGAAACAGUGCGUUACGAACACAUUCUUGAAGUAUACAUGUGCUUUGAAGGAAUAAAUUAUUCCUAUUUCCUACCAUUAACGUUAUUUCGUGAUUUAUGUUCAGAACACGAUAUUCUCGUCAGUGAUUAUGUAUACUGAUAACAUUCAAUAAGCCUGGGGAAGGUUAAGCUGAAAAUACGAGUGUUUGGUCAUUUCCUACAUUUUUAUUAUUUCAUAAAUCAACUUAUUAGGAUGAGUCAAGAAGUAUCAAUAUGAAUAAAAUCUCGUCUUAAUUUUAUAGUGUAACGUGCGCCGUCAAACAAACAAAUACCAAAUAGCCGAGCUUUCUGGCGUAAUGAAACAAACACCAACAGAUCCCUUCAGAGCAAUGCUCGAUGGGGUCCACUGGUCUUUAUAUACACUAACUUCUCUAUUCUCACAUAGCCCAGGCUUUGCUAAUUUGCAUAUUACCAAGUUAACAUACGUACUACGAACGUACUUCCGUUUUAUACGGAAUAUUAUUUUGAACGCACAUCCGCUUACAGCGGACCGUUACAAUAGUAAUAGGUUAUUUAGCCUUAAUUGUGUGGUUUGAAAUUGAAAGGACGUAUUUUUUCCAUUCAUUUCUUUUUUACACCUCGACGAAUAUUACACAGCAAUUAUGUAUUGUUUUUGUUUGUUUGUUUUUUUAUUAUAUUUUCAUUGUGUUUUUCCUCCUGGUUUGUACAAUGAUACUUUCAUUAUAAGACUAAAUGAAGACAUAAUUUAAAACCUUCUGAAGGCGAGCUAUGUCUGAUACUUGUCUUUGAAUGACUUUAUCGUACCUCUGAAGAGCUAGUACUGUUGCUCCGGCUUGAUUCUCACGUUUACAGGUAAUGUUGGUAUCCGGCCGUAGAGUACUUGAAAUUAGUUUAUCAGCGUUAUUCUUCAUUGUUUUCAAGUUGAUGCGUGCUCUAAUGAGGGUUAUAUAUUUUAAUGAAGUACUCAUUGAUAAAUGAUGGGACAAGUGUUAGGUUAUGGUCAUGCUUACUAGUUUAAUAUCCCAAUUGACUCGAGCUCCAGUUACCUCUUGUUUCACUGAAUGUUCCUAGGCGGUAAUCCCAUCAUUUAAUGGUAAAGCAAUUUUGAUGAGCGUAUGGUUUGUGUGUGGUUUGUUUCUGUGUAUCUGGUAUAGGAUGUAUUACGGAAUCGAUUUUAUGUAUGUGAUGUUAAUAUGUUUAUGUCUAUAGAUCAUUGUCGUUUUUGCCAAUGGUUUAACAGGGAUGAUUUUAUGAAAUUUCGACUGCUUGUCCCUGUAUUUUUCAUUGUAUUUUUGCUUGAAAAUAUAUUUGCAUUGUGUUUCAGUGCUUCUUUAAAAAAACAUUAACAUUAUCGUACGCUUAUUGUUGUAUUAUGCAAUCAUUUAUAAUAAACAGACACACAUAUCCA